CGCCAGCUCAACACCAGAGCCCAAGCUUCAACUUCUCACCGACGGAGCCCAGAACAACGGGAACGGCGAAAAAAGUCCUUGCCUUGGGUAGAAAGAACGGCAACGGUUGGAAUUGGACUAUUCAGACUUAAAAAAUGUCUAUUCCUAUGCAUCGACUGGGCGGUCGCGCCUUUGCUCACGACGAUGACGAUAUCGAACAAGAGUACGACCGAUUGAGAGACUUGGCGCGAGCCGAGGCGGAGAAGCGCAACGAUUGCUUCGCGCGUUCGCGUCAGGCAUAUGAAGAUGGCGAUGGUGCUGGAGCAAAGGAGCUCUCCAAUCAGGGCAAGGCACAUGCUGCCCGUAUGGAUGAUUACAACCAGCAAGCAGCCGAUUUCAUCUUCCGUGAGAACAACGCCUCUGGUCGCGUAGAGGCGGACUCGAUCGAUCUUCAUGGUCUAUACGUCGAGGAGGCUGAGAGAAUUCUUGAGGAGCGCAUUCGUGCAGACCAGCGCAAUGGACAAACACAUCUCUAUGCCAUCGUCGGCAAGGGACACCACUCAGCUGGUGGUGUCCAGAAGCUCAAGCCUAAGGUCGAGGAGCUGUGCCAAGAACUUGGUCUCCGGUACGAGACCGAUGAGGACAACACUGGGCGAAUUAUCAUCAACCUCCAGGGCGGAGAACCUGUCCCUCCCUCGCACUCUGGUGGUUACGGUGGUCACCAUGGUGGGCAGCAGCAUCACCAACCUCAGCAUCAUCAGCCUCAGCACCAUCAGCAGGAACAGCAGAACGACGACGUCGGACAGGUGCUGCCUUGGAUUCUGAAGAAGUUGGAGAAAGCCUGUUGUGUGGUCAUGUAAACCUUGGAUAUACUCUUCUGAGUUGCCAUUCGUGGAAAGCUUCUUUGGACUGCUUCUUUAACGCAUUUAUACCCUGAUCGUGUGGGGUUGGAGAGAUUGUGGCCUUCUGAAAUCCUUGUUUGUGAUUACUUUAUCUUGUCAAGCAUUCUGGAAAGGCUAGGUGAUUUAGAUGAAAGACAUGCGGAACGUUCACGUUAAGAAUUGAAUUGAUGGAGAUAUGUAUCAAGUCUUUAUUUGCUCGCUAGACAUAGGAAAGCUGUAUUGUAUGUAGAUCAAGGCUCCUCUAUACCCAAAUGUAUCUGUGGAAUCGAACGCUUUAACA